AGCGUCGUAAACAACCACGCUGACGCGGAUGAGCUGAGGCUGCGUGUUACGGUUCAGCUAGUCAUUCGCAUAUUGGCAACGCAGUACGCUUUUCUUUUUCUUAUAGGGUAUUGUGUGUCCAUGUUUUCUCUCUUCUGUUUUCUUGCCGUGAACAAUGAUGAAUGUAAAUCAACAUCUACAAAGUCAGAACAAGAAAAAAAAUAUAUAUGUCGUUCGGAUGCGUUCCUCUGAGCCGUCGACAGGACACACACGUUUUCGGAGCCAAUUGAGGAGUGCUGCAUCGUUCACUAGCGCGAUUUGUGUUAAUGUGUGUGCUACGGCGUCCGUGUUGCCAAUGGACCACACACAGACACACAAACAAAAGCAUGUGGCUCGCCGUCGCGUGGUGACGCGUCAUUCUUGCGGAGAAAAACACGGCGCUCUAUCAUCGGUGGAUACUCGUCAAGGAGGUGCAACAACUUCCUAUUCUUUUUCUCCACACCGUCUCAUUCUCUGCUCGCCACCUUGACUUUCUGAACGCGUGAUUGCGGCACAUCAACAGGAGCGAGAGCAAAAGCAAACGUGGAAAAAGAAAACACUCAACAUAGAAAAGAGCGAGUAAAGCACACGGGACAUUCGAAGGGCUAACUUGCAUACGCCGCCACCAAUCAGCGCUAAAAGCUCUGUUUCCUAAAACGGCAUUCACGAGCGACGAGCACAGAAACACGCGUCGGCGUUGCGAGUUGCUCCUCACCAGUCUGCGACUCUUUCGCACCCGGAAAGCGAGCAUCUCGAUAUUUCUUUCUUCCUCCCUUUUUGUUUUCUGAUUAGAUCUCCCUAGUGCCUGCAUUGCAAGCCUCUUUGCAUAACGAUGCGUCUCAACAUCACUUCGGCCAAGGAGCGCCACGACGAGGCGUGCACCACCGUCGCCGUGUCUCUCAGUGGCGACAUCAUCAGCGGCAGCGACGACUUCACCGUGCGCAGGUGGAACGCAAGUGGGGAGGCUCUGGGCGUCGUGAAGGAGUUCGAGAGCUGCGUUACGUUUUUGGCGUGGGUGCCGGCGACGGGCCGCGGUACUCGCCUCGCCAGAGGAGCCGCCGCCGAGACGCGCGAGGGCCGCGACAACUGCCUUGUGGCGUGCGCUGACGGCAGCUUUGCGUUCCUGAACACCGCCAGCGGCCGCGUUGAGCGCACUGUGGAGGCGCACAUCGGCAGCAUCACCGCCCUCGUCUACUCCGCCGACGGCUCCUCCAUCAUAUCGGCUGGCGAGGACGGCUGCGUGAAGGUGUGGUCGCAGGCCGGCAUCCCGCGCGCGACGCUGGCCAACGCAGGUUGUUGCAUCAACGCCCUCUGCUGGGGCACGGAGGCGACCGAGCUGGGGGGCGAUUGCGUGCUCUACGCCGUGGGCAGCGACGUCGUCAUCAAGCCCCUGAACCCUGCGAUGAAGAAGCAGAUCAAGUGGAAGGCCCACAACGGCGUGGUGCUGUGCGCUGACUGGUCGCGGAUGAGCGGGAUGAUAGUGACGGGCGGCGAGGACGGCGUGUACAAGGUGUGGGACCCGUACGGGCGCAACAUCUUCACGUCUGGCGCAGGCGAGCACCCCAUCACCGCCGUCCGUUUCGCCGCCGAUGGCGAGAGCUUCGCCGUUGGCUCGUUUAUGAACGUGCGCGUGUGCGACAAGACGGGCUGGAGCCACUCGUAUGAGCGCACCACCGAGGGCAGCGCGAUGACGCUCGACUGGAUGCCGGAUGGGACGCAGAUGAUCAUCGGCAACGGCACCGGUGCGCUGAGCAUCGCGCAGAUUGUGGACCGAAAAGUGACGUGGGGCCCGUAUUGCGUCACCCUCAUCGACAGCCGUAAGCUGACAGUGCAAGAUGUGGUGAAGGACACCGUGCAGGAGCUGGAGCAGCCGGACAAGGUGAUCAAAUUAGAGCUGGGCUGCGGCCACUUGGUGGUGUGCACCACGACGCAGUGCAUCUGCUCCUCGAUGGACCGCUUAAACGCGCCGGUGCAGUUCGACCUGCGCGACCCCGUCAUCUCCGUCGUGCUCGGCCCGCGCCAGUUCCUCCUCGCCGACUGCGGGCAGGGACUGCAGGUUUACUCCUACGAAGGCAGACUAGUCAGCGUGCUGCGGCUGCAGGUGACGCUGAAGCCUGAGAUUAUGGCGACGGACCUGAUGUCGCUGUCGCCGGACACCGUCGCGCUGCGCAACCCUGCCGACAUGAAACGGAUUUUGUUGUUUGACGUGAACAGCGGCAAGCAGUUUGACGAGGCGACCAUUGUGCACCACCUCGACGUUGUCUCAGUGCACCUGUCGCAGUCCGGCACGCUGAAUGACCGCAAGGUGGCCUUUGUGGACCGCAACAACGACCUUUACUUCGGCUCGGUGCACACGAAGCUUGGCUUCCACAAGCUGUCCACCAUGACAACGAGCGUGGUGUGGCACGACACGCACGAAACCUUAGUCGCCAUCGCCGACGGGCACCUCACCACGUGGUACUACCCCUCCACCGUCUUCUCCGAUCGCGACUUGCUCUCGCUGACCAAGACGGUGCGCGACGAUGGGCACGAGGAAUUCACCCGCAACGAUCGCAUCACCCACUUCCACCACACCCGCGUGCUCGUGCGGCGCGGCAACGACGGGGCACUGCUGACGCUGCCGGCGUCGCCGUACCCGGUGAUGAUCUUCCAACUCGUCACGGAGAAGAACAACUGGGACGGGGCCACCCGCUUUGCUCGCUUUCUCAAGGACAACCUCCUGUGGGCGGUGCUGACGGCCCUCGCCCUGCGCGCCGGCGAGUUGAACGUGGCGGAGAUCGGCUACGGGGCGCUGAGCGACCUCGCCAAGGUGCGGUACAUCCACAGCAUCAAGAACAUCCCCGCCCCGGAGGCGCGUCAGGCGGAACUGGCGCUCUUCCAGCACCGUGCCACGGAAGCCGAGCGCAUUCUCCUGCAGGCCGGUCUUGCAUAUCGCUGCAUCGACAUGAACACCCGCCUCUUCAAAUGGGAACACGCUCUGGAAAUCGCAAAGGAGCGCAAGACGCACGUCGACACCGUUCUCGGACGUCGGGAGCGCUACUUGCAGGAGGUGAACCAGAAGGAGACGCUCGCCCCGUUUAAGGAGCUGUCGGGUAAAUUGAAGGUGGACUGGGCGGUGAUCGAUGAGAAGGUGAAGCAGGAGGCCGUGAAGGAGUCGGAGCGGCCCAACGCGAAGCCGUACGUGUAG